AUGGACCAACCACAGGUCCAACCCACGAACGCUCCUGAAAUUUUUAGCGCUCAGAUCCCUGAUUCAGAUGCAAAUAAGCAAGUCAAUGAGAUGUCCACUAAUGACCUUGGGAAUUCUUCCCAACCACAGGAUCAACCCACGAACGCUCCUGAAAUUUCCACCACUCAGAUCCCUGAUUCAGAUGUCCAACCCACGAACGCUCCUGAAAUUUCCACCUCUCAGAUCCCUGAUUCAGAUGCAAAUAAGCAAGCCAAUGAGAUAUCCACCAAUGACCUUGGGAGUUCUUCCCAACCACAGAUCCCUGAUUCAGAUGCAAAUAAGCCAGCCACUGUGAUAUCCACCAAUGACCUUGGGAGUUCUUCCCAACCACAGGUCCAACCCACGAACGCUCCUGAAAUUUCUACCACUCAGAUCCCUGAUUCAGAUGCAAAUAAGCAAGCCACUGAGAUAUCCACCAAUGACCUUGGGAGUUCUUCCCUACCACAGGUCCAACCCACGAACGCUCCUGAAACUUCCACCACUCAGAUGCCGGAUUCAGAUGCCAAUAACCAUGCCACCACAAUCCCUGCCCAUGACCCUGGGACUUCAUCAUCAACUGAGGGCCAACCAACGGUCGCCCCUGAAACUUCCACCCCUCAGAUCCCUGAUUUGGAUGCCAACAGGCAUGACCCUGGGAAUUCUUCACCACCAGAAACCACCCAUGAAGGUUCCACCACAGAGGUGGCAGCCUCUAACCAAGAAUCUACCUCAAUUACUCAAACUAAUCCUCCAGCAGCCAGUACUGACAACAACACAGCCUCUGGCCCUAAGAUUUCCUCACCUGAAAUACAACAGGCCACAGAUCCACCUACCGGAAUUGCCUCCACUGACUUACCUGGCCCCUCCCCCGAGCAGAAGCCCAAAAAGGAGAUCACCCCAAGUGACUCCGCCCCUGAGCAGGAGCGAAAGCAUCUUACGAACUUGAUAGAUCAAGAACUCAAAUUUGUGGAUAAGUUUUGUCCAAAACUUGGCAUACACGAAGAGCAUAUAAAGAAAGAAGCCAAAGAGGCUGCAAACAAGUUCAGAAAGUUAAAAGGUGAACCUUGUGAAUUGAAGGAACUCAAAGAUCUGAAGAAGAUUGUCACCAAAUUAAAGCUUCAGAUCCCUGCAAAAUACAGGACAUAUGACGAAAUCGACCAACAAGAGAAAAAACAAUUUGAUAUGGAUAACAGAGGCGUCAUUUCCUCUAAGUUGCAGAAAAAGAUGCCUCAGUUGCAUAACCAACUGUUUAGUGAGAGCCCUUUCUGUAAAAAUAUACAGAAACGUUAUAAUGACCUCAGGCGCGAAUUAAAGCUUUGCUUGCUAUGUUUCUCGGUGUUUCCGGAAAAUGCAAUUAUAAGUAGAAGGUUAAUGGUUUACUGGUGGAUAGGAGAAGGUCUUGUCCGUCUGGACGAUGAUGUAGGAUUUGAAAAAACCAUAGAGGACUGUGCAAAUUGUUAUUUUGAAGAGCUUAUGGAGAAAGACUUCAUUGAGCCGGAAUCAAAAAGGCAUGGUCGUAAUGUGGCCACCUGCAAAAUGCACCCGAUGGUCCGUGCUGCGCUGGUUAUGAUCGCAGACAGGGUUAAGUUCUUCGAUUUUGAUGAGUAUGGUAACCCAAAAGAUUUCGGAAAAUUCGAUGAAAUUGAAAGCCCAGAAGAUGUGCCUCUGAUCUAUCCCCUUGGUGAACCAAGAGAGUUCUUUGAUUUCUACAACGAACAAGAUGAAGAAACUGAUGAAACCAUUAAGUUUCAUGAUUCCGAUGGGAAUCCAAUUCCAUUCGCUCCACGUCAUCCGGACGACAUUCUACACCCUGUUGACCGCAAUGGAAAGCCGAUAGUUUCUGAGAAAAAGUUCUACUUUUACGAGAAAAAGAAAAUCACCACGAAUUCGUAUAAGGUGUGUUUGAUGGGUAGCGGGCUAUCGAAAGGUAUUCCAUGGGAGAAGCUUCAUAUGUUGUUCAAUGUUAAGGAUGAUAUUCUAGAAUUUAAGCCGGAAUGGUUUCUGAGGAUGGAAAAUGUUAACGUGGUCUUCCUUGGAAGAUGGCAGAGCUCGGCUGCUCACCAUAUUGAGGUCGAAGAAUUCAAGUUCGAAGAAAGUUUGGAGCAUAUGAACCACGUUCGGUUCUUUAGCCUUCAAGGAGUUUCGAGGAUUUCUAAACUUCCAAGAUCCAUCUCAAAGCUCGAAAGCCUUGUGAUUCUUGACCUCCGAGCUUGCCAUAAUCUUGAGGUAAUUCCUAGAACCAUCGGUUUACUAAAAUGUUUAACACAUUUAGAUAUAGCCGAAUGUUACCUGUUAGAACACAUGCCGAAAGAAAUUUCAUCUCUAGAAUCCUUAGAAGUCCUUAAAGGGUUUGUAGUCGUCGAAGCCGCAGGAAGACGCAUAUGUACGCUUAAUGAUUUGCGAAAACUAGGAAAUUUGCGAAAACUUAGCAUGUACACUCAUAUGAAAGACUUCCCACAAGAAUCACAUCUAGAUGCCUUGCAAAAAUUCGAAAGGCUUCGAAAACUAACCAUCUUGUGGGGUGGGCACGAAUCAAAGCCCAAAACCGAUAAGUUGAAACAAGAUUCUGGGUGUCAAAGUAAUCUAGCAUCGAAAAUGAUGAAACUGAUUCCAAGAAAACAGUGGGUUAAAGGGUCCAUGAGACGAAUGAAUGCGUUCAAUAAUUCGACAUUGGGUUCACGGCUAGAAAAACUAGACCUCAAGUGUUUCCCGGACCAUGUUACGCCAAACUGGCUAACCCCAGGUAGUCUCAAGGGUCUAAAGAAACUGUACAUCCGAGGUGGACAAUUCUCCGAUUUGGGUCAGUAUCAGGACAUUGACGAUUUAGGAACUUCACCGAUUCCGCCUAAGGAGACGUGGAACGUGGAGGUAUUGCGAUUGAAGUAUUUGGAUGAAUUGAAGAUGGAUUGGAGAGAGUUGCAGACACUGUUUCCAAAAAUGAAUUCUUUGGAGAAAGUGAAGUGUCCACGGCUCACGCUUUUCCCGUGCAACGAGCACGGAGUUUGGACUAAGAAGCGAACGACCACCCGUUAAAUAGUAGACGGAGUUGUCGGUUCGUGAUGCGGUUUGAUUCGUAUGAUUUCGUUGGCACGUCGAAAAAAUAAAGUAAAUAGGAUUGGAACUCAUGAUUCUUGGAACAUGUAUUAUUGAAGAUGUAUGUUUGAUGUUGUUGUUGUUGAUAUACACCAUUGUUGCAUGUAA